AUGAAAGGCGCUUUCGAAAUCCUGCUGUUCUCCGCGAGCACCUUCGCCCAGACAUUACCCACGCUCCCCAAACCCGAGACACAGUCUGUGUCAUUCAACUCAUCGUUCAAGUUUAACGACGAACAGAUAAAGCUUGGUCAACUCUGGCCUGACCUCGCCGAGAAUUUGGAAACCGUCUUGAACUAUGACCGCUCACAGCUCGCGAACGGUGGGCCGAGCCAGGACGACUUCUACAGAAUCGACCAUGUUGCUCCCAAUGCUCCUGGUCAGGUACUCAAAGUCAAGCACGCCACCGAUCCUGGAGCUUGGAAUAUUCCCGCCACGACAGCGCUCUCGCGGUUCAUCUACACCUCGACCACCGCAAAUGGAACUUUGAUUCCUGUCUCUGCGUAUGUCUUAUGGCCUUGGACGGCGAAACAAUUUGGUAAAAAGUCAAAUGGCAAGGCUCCCGUAGUCUUGUGGUCGCACGGAACGUCCGGCUUCUACGCAGAUGGCUCCCCUUCCGCACAUAGAUCCCUCUUCUACGGCAACAUCAUGCCCUUCACGCUUGCCCAGGCAGGCUACGUCGUCAUCGCUGCGGACUACGCUGGUCUCGGGGUCCAAACAUCUUGGGAUGGGAGUCACGUUCGGGCUCAGUACCAGAAUCGUGUUUCUCAGGCCUUCGACAGCUUGAACGCUCUUCGCGCCGCCCGAGAGAUUUUCCCCGACAAGAUCACGAAGGACUAUGUCAAUGUCGGGCACAGCCAAGGUGGUGCUGCUGCUUGGGGUGUCUCAGAGGUACUGGCUGAGAACUCCCACAACAAGUUCGAUGACUUGGAGCGUGACUAUCUAGGCUCCAUCAUCUUCGCGCCUGGUAUCGAUUCGCUGAUUGCCGCCCCUGAGGUCUUUGCCUCUUGGAUUGGAAAAGACCUGCACCUAAUGUACCCCGACUUCAACCUAUCCGACUGGCUAUCGCCACUGGGAAUUGACCGCACAGAGCUGUUGACCCAGAUCCAGGGCGGUCAGUACGUCUCAGAACUUCUGUUCCUGGCAAACGCAACCGAAGUACUGAAUCCUGCUUGGAACGAGUCGUGGUAUGCUUCUGCAUACACGCAAUUCAGUAACCCUGGCAACCGCCGGUACAAGGCUCCCAUGAUCUUAUUCCAGGGAACUGAGGAUCAGGGUGGCAGGCCGUACAAGAACGCUUUAUCGACUUUCGACUCAACUUGCAAGGACCAUUACAGCGGAGCUUUCGAGUUCGUCUCUCUCCCAGGCGUGGCUCACUUCCCGAGUAUGGACUCGACAAGGCAGCAGUGGCUUCAGUGGAUCGAGGACCGUUUCAACAACAAGCCGGUCGGAUCCCGGGCGUGCAGUAAAUCGACCAUCAACAGCUUCUUGCCAGUCGAUAACUACCAAAAGUUCACCACGUCCUUUCCACAGUGGGCAGGAGCGGCGAACCAAUUCUUCGAGUUGGUUGCAGGAGGCUUUUGA